GUCGGAGUGAGAGCGCAGCGCGGGGCGAUUCUGCUGGGCUGGCAGUGCGAGACACUAGCCCUCCCCCGCUUUCGCUCGUGGCUUUUGCCAAUCUCUCUGCACCAUACACACUCAUCGCGCCACCUCUAACAACCAGAGAAGAGCUGUCAGCUGCAUUCCGCAAGCCGUAGAAACUUACCUGUCAUUUAUUUUGUUUUAUUUUUUUUUAUUUGGACGCCGGCUUUGCGUGAAGCAUGUGGGAAGAAGACUGGCAGUUGAAGACGGACGCAUAACUGCUCCGGUCGUGUGAGGGGCGGUGGGAGGGAAGGUUAGGAAUUAUUCUGACAAAGAAUUAGCGUGUGCAACAGCUAUUACACAAUAUACAGCUGGUGUUUUAACAAAGAAGAUUAUUCACACAAGGGUAUCCCUUGUGCGUCGCAUGUGACUGGUUUCUUCAUCAACAAUGCAUCUCCUGCAUAAUAUUGUUGCUGGCGAGGUCCGACGAUGACUGAGCACCCAGACUCAAUCAACCCGGACCUGUGAAGAACACAGCUUCCGAUGGUGACAGAAAUUAUGGAACCUUUGGACAUCAAUCGAAGGAAACUUGUCUGAAGAGGACUGUGGCCUAUGGGACUCUCGAUGAUGCUUCCGCUGAGGGUGGCUCCGGCGCAGCUCACCCUCACCCUCCUGCUGCUGCUGUUCCUGGCAUUGUCAGCGCCGCCUGUCCAGGGCAGCGCGCGAGGUGGAGGAGAGCAACCGCGUUACGAUACGGUUUACGCCUGUGAGGGUAAGGUGCUCGCCAUCCGCUGCACCGACGGGAACCUCAUCCAUCUGAUCCGCGCCAACUACGGCCGCUUCUCCAUCACCAUCUGCAACGAACACGGGAAUACAGAGUGGAGCGUUAACUGCAUGUCGCCUAAGUCGCUACGCGUGCUGCACAACAGAUGUAGCCAGCAGCAGAACUGCAGUAUUGUUGCUGCUACAAGUAUGUUCGGGGAUCCUUGCCCGGGCACUCUAAAAUACUUAGAGGCCCACUACCAGUGCAUGCCAGCGACGACGACGACGGACCGGCCGAGCCCGCCCUGGCUGACUACGUCGCAGCCGUCGCCCUGGAGCACGGUGCGCGUGGAGGCGCCGCUGCCGCCGCCGCCGCCCCCGCCGGCCGCCCCCGCGGACACGGCGCUCGUCCCCGGCACUCUGCCGGCCCUGCCGCCGCCCCCCGUCACGCAGUCGCCGCCCCCGCCGCCGCCCCCGCCGGUGCCGCAGACGCCGCCGCCUCCGCCGCCCCCGCAGCCACAGGACACGGCGACUGUGGUUCCUCCCAGCACGACUACAGGUCGCGCCGGCUCGGCCGCAGCAGCUGCGGCGGCGGCGGCGGCUGCCGCGGCGGCGGCGGCGGCGGCGCUGCCGUCGCACUUCCCCCCGGAGGAGCUGUCGCGGCUGUGCCCCGCGGUGACGGCGCGCAACCUCUUCUGGAACUGGACGUGGGCGGGAGACGUGGCCGAGCAGCCCUGCCCCGGCGGAUCGACGGGCCGGGCGCGCUGGCAGUGCCGCAGGCGCGACGACGGGCCGCCGCUGUGGGCGCCCGACGCGCCCGACCUGUCCGACUGCCACACGCUCUGGUUCACCAACCUCGAGACGCGCAUGACGCACGGGGACUCCAUCACCACCAUCGGCAACGAGCUGGCACAGGUAACAGAGAGUGUGCCCCUCUAUGGGGGAGACAUGCUGGCUGCUGCUGAAAUUACACGGAAACUGGCCGGAAAGAUGUCUUCCGACAUCUCGACUUUCCCUGACCCUCGACAGCGUGAGGCCAUUGUCACAGAACUUUUGUACAGUGUCAUCCGCACGGGCAGCAACUUGUUGGAAUGUUCUCAUCAUCAGAGCUGGAAAGACCUAACAUACAAGCAGCAACUCCAGGUUGCAACUGAAAUGCUAAUGGGCCUUGAAGAAAAUGCAUUCUUGCUAGCUGAGACUGUGCGCCGUGAGAAGAGGGUUGUGCAGACUGUCAAGAACAUAUUGCUGAGUGUAAGAGUAAUUCCACUUGCCCAAGUCAGUGAAGUGGAGGUGUUUCCUCUGGCAGAAACUCACGUUCCAUGGCCAAUAUCACAGAACUGGGUGGAACUUCCAAGAAUGUCUGUUCUGGAAAACAGUGAUGGAGGAUUUGUACGCAUAGUAUUUGCAACUUUCGAUCGAUUAGAUGAGGUCCUGCAGCCAAGGAAUCGGUCUCAAAGAAUCAAUUCUAAAAUUAUCGCAGCUUCUCUUGGGAAAGGAAAGCACAUACAAUUAUCAAAACCUGUGAAAAUAAUUCUACAGCAUAUUGAUACAAGCAGCAACUUCACAAAUCCUUCAUGUGUUUUCUGGGAUUAUGUAAAUGGGGCAUGGUCUGAUGAAGGCUGUCAAGUUGAAAAGACUAAUGCAACUCAUACCCUGUGUGUAUGUGACCAUUUAACCAACUUUGCCAUAUUGAUGGAUGUGCGUUCUGUAAAAAUUGAGGCCGCGCAUGAGUUUGUGUUAUCAUUCAUAACUUAUGUGGGCUGUAUCAUCUCUGUUGUGUGCCUGGCCCUGGCAUUUCUCACCUUUCAAAUUUUCCGUGGACUCAAGUCGGAUCGUACAACAAUCCACAAGAAUUUAUGCAUCUGUCUUUUAAUUGCGGAAGUAGUAUUUCUGUUUGGCAUUGGCCAAACGCAGCAUAGAGUAAUUUGUGGUGCUGUCGCAGGGCUUCUGCAUUUUUUCUUCCUCUGUGCAUUUGCAUGGAUGUUCCUUGAAGGGUUUCAGCUUUAUGUGAUGCUGAUUGAAGUAUUUGAAGCUGAAAAAUCACGCAUUCGGUGGUAUUACACAUUCGCCUAUGGAGCACCUCUGAUAAUUGUAGCUGUGUCUUGCAGUGUUGACCACCUGAGUUAUGGAACUGAAAAAUACUGCUGGCUUCGUGCAGAUAAUUUCUUCAUAUUCAGCUUUGUUGGACCUGUUAUAGCUGUGAUACUUGCAAAUCUAGUCUUCUUGAGUAUGGCAAUAUACAUGAUGUGUCGUCAUGCAAGUGCGUCAGCAUCGAUGAAGAGCAAAGAACACUCGAGGCUUGCCAGUGCCAAUGGGAAGGAGGAGAAUGCUCUCCAGAACAAAUUGCAAUCACACCUGUCAUGGCUGAGGGGAGCUAUUGUCCUUGUCUUCUUGCUUGGACUUACCUGGACCUUUGGAUUACUCUACUUGAAUGAAGAGUCACUUGCAAUGGCAUAUAUAUUCACAACACUGAACAGUUUUCAAGGAAUGUUUAUCUUCAUUUUUCACUGCAUUCAGAAUGACAAGGUGCGAAAGGAAUACAGGAAGCUUGUGCGGAGGUACCCGUGGCUGCAGUGUAGGAAGAAGAGCAGCAGGAGUGGAGCAGCCAAGGAGCAUGGAGGACGCGGCAUGGCUUCCGGAUCGGGCUCGGGAUCUGGUUCGGGUUAUGCUGCCAACAAUCCCAACUCUCACUCAACGGACAGUUCGGCCCUGUCACCGCACGGCACUAGCGUGGGUACCUCGACUUCGGCGCGGGCGCUCGCUCGGGCGCGGCCCCACCACAGCCCCGGCGCCCCCGUCCCUGCGACCCGGCACGCUCAAGAACAUUUCGUUUAAAUCGUACAGCCGUGAUUCUGGACAUGGUGGCUCUGAACAAGAGGACUCUGGGACAAGUGCUAACCCGAGUACGCUACGUCUGCAACCGGCUGUGCGGGACAGGGAAGCCCGUACUGCUGGGAAUGUCGGUGGAGCACCACGUUCUCCUAGUCCCUGGAACCACACUUACACUGAAAUCCGUGAUGCCGAUCCCGUCUACGAGGAGGUCGGGCGACGAGCAGGUGUCGUGCCUGUGCACGGAGGUGCAGGAAGUAGUUCACGGCGGCGUGGUGGAGGUGCGGGUACAACUGCUGGGACACUGAGGGGUGGUAGUGUCGGUGGCCUGGACCACAGGCCACUAAUCUCGGGUGGCGAUCGUGACACGACUACACCACGUGCACGCAAUGCUCGCACAGUUGCUGUACUCGACGGUGAGACAGUCGUUUGCCAUCUGGAACCUGAACGUUACGAUUCAUGUGAUUACGAUCCACGUGACUACGAAGCUAAUAGUUACGAUUACGGCAUCGGUGGCUACGACCCUCGCGACUACGACACUCGUGACUAUGGAAUUCAUGGGUACGAUCCACACGAUUGUGAAGAGCAGCAUCAGCAGACACAGCCACAACUACAGUCACAGCCCCAGUCCCAGUCCCAGACCCAGACCCAGUCACAGUCACAGUCACAUCCACACUCACACUCACACUCACAGUCAGAUUCACAGUCAGAUUCACAGCCACAGCCACAUUCACAUCCACAUGGACAUGGACAUGCACAUGGACAUGGACAUGGACAUGCACAUGCGCAGUCUCAGUCUCAGCCACAGUCACAACCACAGUCACAGUCACAGCCACAAUCUCAGCCACAGCAACAGCCUCACCAUCACCACCACCACCAUCGCCGGCGGCAUCACCACCGUGAGCACCGCGAACAUCGUGAACACCGGUAUCCUUAUGGGUCUCCGGCAGUCACAGCCUACAGUGAAUGUUAGGCAACUACUUUCUGUGGAAUGAAUCUCGAUAUUGUGAUGAGAAAUAAUUGGUUGAAUCCCUGCCACUGUAUGCUGAAACUAGGAAUAAGUAGGUUGUGCUUGAUACUGUCUGAAAACGUGUAAUAAUAUGCAUUAUCUUUCAUUGUAUGGCCAUCCCUUGCUCUUCCUGCUCAGUGAACUGUAGAAGUUUUGGGUACUUUCGAUGUGAUUUGGUGUUGGUCACCUAAAAAUGAAGUGUAAUAAUUUCACAAUUAGUGUACUCCAAAGUUUUAAAUGUGAAAUCCUUUAGGAGAGAUCCACAAUAAGAAUGGUGACUAAAGAUGUAAUAUAAGAGACAUCUGUGAUCGAACAACGCAGAUGGACACACAUUCCUUUAUGUCGAUGUUGAUGUUGAUGGAAGCCUCUCCUACUCACUGAUCACGCAUUUCUUCCGUUACCUGAUGCCACUCCCUUCCCCCUAGCUGACAAAUAGAAAAUGAUGGCUUAUCUGAUCUACCCCUCCUUAGUUGUAGAAUCGUAUAUUUUCCCCUGGUUUUAUCGUGCUGUGUGUUCUCUUUGUGUAACUGCAUAAGUUAACAUGGAUGUCAAAUUAUGCAAAUUUGUGUAAAACUACUGAUUGUCAGUCAAUGUUACAUUAUAUAAAAUUUAUAUGUUCAGAGCAGAGUUGUAAACUGGAUGUUAUAUUAUAUAAGAUAUGUAUCCACAUUAAAUGCAUAUGAAUUGAACUAAAGGAGACCACUGGUAGUCAGUUUCAGAAACUGAGUGAAACACAGGUUCUGCAAGAGCUGACUGCCGUGAAUUCCUUGGUUUGGUCUAUAUUUGUUGUAUGUUGUAGUGAAAUAUGUGACAAUUAUCUUCUGUGUGUACCAAACUCCCACAAAAAGUGUAAUAUCAGUACCCUUCCUCCUGACUUACUGUGCAUCGGAAUACUGUAAAUUUUUGUGUCAUUUCCCUACCCCUUGCGAUUCCCAUAAGAUGUAACCGAAGUAAUGUUUUCUGAGAAUGGAAUGUAUCUAUAUAUGUAUGUAAUGUAAAUAAAUGUCAGAUAAGUCACCUGGAAAGAUAAAUUACUGUGUUUAGUUGAGAAUGAUUUCUGGACUCGGCCAGGUUGUAUUUGUCUGAAAGACUGUUAACAGUUAUGUAACGGACAAUUUGAGAUUGCACAACUGUUUGAAAUAAAUUAUUUAAGAGUUUGUAUGUUGUAUUUUUUUAUUUAUACAUGAAGUCCUUGUAGAAAUGAAAUGUGAUGUAAAUCACAGUCUGAGAUUUGUAUUAUGUAACUGAAAUGUAGGGAAAACUGACUGAAAUACCCUUUGUUACUUUUUGGUGUAAUUCAAUUUACUCAGUUGCCAAUGAGCAUUGAAAGAAUGAGAAAUUUGCAGGUCGUAUGGGGAAGGCAAAAUAUACUUUUCCCUUGAUUCUUCAAGUGUUUAUUUUUUUUAUUAAAGAAAUGUAUUCCACUGAAACUGUUGUAACACUUAAUUGUAAAAGUCUCUCACUGUAACAAUCAAAAAACAAAACAGAUCAUCAAAUAAAAUUUGUAUUGCUCAUUUGUACCUUAA